AUGACAAAAAGAUAUUGGAACAUCACUUUUGAAGAGAUGAUGGAAGCUGGGGUUCAUUUUGGCCAUGAGCCUAGGAAAUGGAAUCCUCGAAUGGCACCUUUUAUAUCGGGAAAACGUAAAGGUAUUCAUAUUACAAAUCUUACUAAAACUGCUCGUUUUUUAUCAGAAGCUUGUGAUUUGGCUUUUGAUGCAGCAAGCACAGGAAAACAAUUUUUAAUUGUUGAAACGAGACUUCGUGAGUUCAGGGACUUGAGAAUGGAGCAAAAGAUAGGGAAACUGAACUCUCUUCCAAAAAGAGAUGCCACUAUGUUGAAGAGACAAUUAUCUCAUUUGGAAAGAUAUUUAGGCGAUCUUACAGAUAUUUCGAUUCAGGCUAAUGAUGAUGUUAUAGCUUCCAUCGGAUUAAUUCUUAAAAAAUUAGUUUUUGCAAUUUGUGAGGGUCAUUCUAGCUAUAUACAAAAAAAUUGA